GCGCUCUUGUCGUAGAGGAACGUUAGUGAAGGAGGAGGAGAGGAGGUGAGUGAGGCUGGUCGGAGGAGGAGGAGAAGGUUCAUUGUUACAAAGUGGACGAGCUGCGGAGACCAUUAUUGCUGCAAGUGAAAUUCCUGGGAGAACCUUUCGGUUGCUGACUGUCCAGAUCGGAGCCUUUUUGUCCCUGAAGCAGCCCAGCUUCUCUACUGGUGGACACUGACUGGCUUCUACCCAAUGAUGGAUCCAUUUAGCCUUAACUAUGAACAUAUUGGACUGUCCCAACCAGCUCGGACUGCUUCUCUCUGAUCCGACAAGGAAAAAAAAAAUCAGGAAAUUCAAGCCCUCCCUCUCCUUUGACGUGGUAGAUGACCCUUAUGGCAACAGAGGUCAACCCUUCAUCCUAAGCAGCCAUCUCCUGGGGGUUUCCUCUCCUUUUUGUUAAUGUGGGGACCAGUCAUGGAUCUCCUGUGGGUGCUUUCUGUGUCGAUGCUAGCUGCCUGUGUAGCCAUCCCUAUGGAUGCGGCGGCGGGGAGUCACAGCCUGUUCACCUGCGAGCCGAUCACCUUGCGCAUGUGUCAGGGGCUGCCAUAUAAUUCCACCUUCAUGCCGAACAGCAUGAACCACUACGACCAGCAGACGGCCGCUCUGGCCAUGGAGCCGUUCCAUCCCAUGGUGAACCUGCAUUGCUCCCCAGACCUCCGGAUGUUCCUGUGUGCUGUCUACGCUCCGGUGUGCACCGAGUACGGCCAGAUGACGUCCCCCUGUCGCCGUCUCUGCCUGCAGGCCAAGAGCGACUGCUACAAACUGAUGGACAUGUUUGGUGUCAGCUGGCCGGAGGAGAUGGACUGCAACAGGUUCCCAGACUGUGACGAGCCCUACCCCCGACCCGUGGACCUCCUGCCCAGCUCAGAGACCACCGAGUCCCCCGUCUCCAUCCAGAGAGAUUACGGCUUCUGGUGUCCCCGGGAACUGAAAAUCGACCCCGAGCUGGGCUACUCCUUCAUGGGCGUCAGGGACUGCUCCCCGCCGUGUCCCAACAUGUAUUUCAGUCGCCAGGAGCUGACGUUCGCCCGCUACUUCAUCGGGGUGGUGUCCAUCGUCUGCCUGUCGGCGACCCUCUUCACCUUCCUGACGUUCCUCAUCGACGUGUCGCGGUUCCGCUACCCGGAGCGGCCCAUCAUCUUCUACGCCGUCUGCUACAUGAUGGUGUCCUUGGUGUUCUUCCUUGGCUUCCUGCUGGAGGACAGAGUUUCGUGUAACGCAGCCAGUCCUGGGCGGUUCAGGGCGUCCACAGUAACUCAAGGCUCCCAUAAUAAGGCUUGCACGCUUCUCUUCAUGGUGCUGUACUUCUUCACCAUGGCUGGUAGUGUGUGGUGGGUCAUCCUAACCAUCACCUGGUUCCUGGCAGCCGUUCCUAAAUGGGGCAGCGAGGCCAUAGAGAAGAAGGCCCUCCUCUUCCACGCCUGUGCCUGGGGCGUCCCAGGCGUCCUGACCGUCACCCUGCUCGCCAUGAACAAGAUAGAGGGAGACAGCAUGAGCGGCGUUUGCUUUGUGGGCCUUUACAACCUGACGGCUCUGCGUUGGUUCCUGCUGGCCCCGCUGGGACUGGACGUCCUGGUGGGUGUCGUUCUCCUGCUGGCGGGUAUCGCCGCUCUGAACCGCGUCCGCAUGGAGAUCCCGCUGGAGAAGGAGAACCAGGAGAAGCUGGUGAAGUUCAUGAUUCGUAUCGGCGUGUUCUCCGUCCUCUACCUGGUUCCCCUGCUGACCGUCAUAGCCUGCUACCUGUACGAGAGCAGCUACAGAACCGUCUGGGAGACCACCUGGGUCCAGGAGAAGUGCAGAGACUACCACAUCCCCUGUCCUUAUAAGGUGGAGCGCUCCAGCCGGCCCGACCUGGCCCUGUUCCUCAUCAAAUACCUGAUGAUGCUGAUUGUGGGGAUCCCCUCCGUGUUCUGGGUGGGCAGUAAGAAGACCUGCUUCGAGUGGGCCAGCUUCUUCCACGGCAAGAGGCGCAAAGAUGGGAUGGUCAACGACAGCCGCCAGGUUCUCCAGGAGCCCGACUUUGCCCAGCUGCUCUACAGGGACCCCAACACCCCCAUAGUGAGGAAGUCCAGGGGCACGUCCACCCAGGGGACCUCCACCCACGCCUCCUCCACCCACCUGGCCAUGCUGGACGAGCCUCCCAGCGCCAGCACCAGCCGGGCAGAGUCGGUACGCAGCGCCCGCUCCAAGAUGAGCAGUUACCAUGGCAGCCUGCACCGCUCCAGAGACGGCAGAUACACGGCGUCCAGCUUCAGGGCGUUGGAGGAGCGGCUGGCCUACGGCAGCAUGCCCCGCCUCAGCGACCAGUCCAGCACCAACCGACUGGACGGCCUGAUCCGCCACGACUCCACCCUACGAUUGGAGAGCCAAUCACGGCACAGCAGCAUCAGAGACCUGAGCGCCGUCACGCAGGCGGUGCUUGGCGUUCCUGGAAACGGGAUUCACAGGAUGAUGGAUGAGGAUGGAGCGGCGGCCUAAACCGACCUGCAGCCUGUCGGAACAGUCCUAACCAGGCAGGGUCAGAGGUCAGAGCAGGAGGGGCAGUGUUUCUACCGUAUGAAGAAUGUAUGAAGAGAAGGAGGCCUGUCCUGGGUCAGUUUGGGACCUCGGAACGAGACGCCGGAUCCAGUCUGACUGAAAGAAGUAGAUUUGGAUCUCUGCCUUAAUGUCUCAGCCGAUCCAAAAAGUGACGCUUCAAGCUGAUCGUCUCCAAGUUUACAGAGAAACGGAGACCAGACUUUCCAGCUGGACCUAAACAUCUGAGCCUGAAAAACAAAAUGUGAAGUUUUUCAUUUUUACUUUGUAUGUGUAGAGACUGAAAAGGAUUUGAUGUGUGAAAUGGAAGCUUUGCCUCAAUAUUUAAAGCAGGAUUUUUUCCCUUCAGGUGUCCAAAACUUAGAAGCCUCCAGACACCAAACCGUCCGUUACUGCGCUGCACACAGAAAAACAUUCCCAUAUUUCAUGGGCCCACUUUUUUGAAGCUAUUUUUGUUAGUGUUGUGGGAGAGCAGUGGAGCUACCUGUUCUCCUCAAUUUAAACUCCAUAACCGGAGAUUAGAAGGAAUUACAGACAAGGGUUUAUGGAGACCAAGUCAAAUCAUUUCAAAACAUCCUGAACAAUUUAACUGGGAAAAAAAGGUUUAUAGAAGCACUUUUUAUUUAAAGAUCUUCCUGUCAGCAUCCCACCUUCUGAAUGGGAAAAUGUAGCCAGAGUUCUCCAAAUCGAUCAGACUGCUGCUCCUGCAAGCAGCUCCUUAGCGAGCAACAGAUUCAGUCGUCCCAAGUUUAAUUAAUGGUUCUAUGGCACAGAAACGAUGCUCUGAAGAUCCUCCCUGAAAUCUCUACAAAUUGUUUUCAAAGUACAGAUUGAAAGUUUGCCACUGGUUGCAGCUUUUCUUUUUUUCCCAAAUGUAUUUUUCAGUUAAAAUGUUUAGCAUAAAAUUCACAUUUAGGUGGAAAAUAGUUUGGAUAUAUCUUAAUAUCACAAACCGGCAUUUUAGGUCUGUUUACAUUUUUGAUAGCUGCUGUAGCAAAAAGAACUGCUGAGCUUGGGCACAACUUGGAGGCAUGUGUGUCAUCCUCAUUAACCACUAUUAAAGAGGUAGUUGCUUCAAAAAACAUGUCUUAUGGUCUCCAAAGAAUCAGUACUACCAGUCACAGGUGCAAUUUGGAGGUGUGCGUCUUUGAUUUAUUUUUACUCCUCCUGUACAGUGAAAUCUUAAGUAGCUUGUUUAAAUGUGCCCUUACUUUAGCUAAAUGAAAUGUUAGGUUGACAUGUCGUCUAAAUUGUUCAUAGAUGUAAAAAUGUCCUUUUCAUUUGUAAUAAAAGUUUUUUUUAAAGAA